AUGUUCUACUACAUCUCAUUCCUGCGGCCACCUCCCACCCAAGCCGCCUUAUCUGGCGAACCCAUCCUCAUCACCCCUCAAAUCGCCAAUGAUCUACGGACAGAAUAUUACACAGAUGUCCAAGAUAUAUUCUAUUCGUGGUCCUUGCAUUCGCCCGCGCCAAGCUCAGUGAUAACAAAACCUGUGAAGCUCACGAGCUGGAGGGCAUCUACUAUGUACAAGGAAAUACCCGUUCCACCCCCUCGAAAUGUCCGCAGUGGAGAAUACUGGCGCCUUAUCCUUAGCUCUGGAACAUCACGAAAAGAUCAGGUACUUUCCUUGAACGACGAAAAUCUGGGGUGCCAGCCGUUCCCCGUCCUCUCCGAUCCUAUCUUUUUCUCCGCUCGCUCAAGCAAGGCUGUAAAGCAGGAGCAAAUUCAGAGAUCAUAUGCGUUAACUGCAACCAAUAGAGACCACUCUGUGAUAUUUCACAUCAUUGAGCAAACAUCUUUUGACCUUGACAAGAAAAUAUGGGACAGCGGUAUCGGUCUUAGCUCUUGGUUAAUACAACUUCACUCCGGGAUGGUUGCCAACACCGCUCUGGUUUCAAAAGUGAAAGACGUACUCUUCGCCUCAAAGUGCAAUAUUCUCGAACUAGGCGCAGGGACAGGCAUAGUCGCUAUCGUUCUUGGAAUUUUGCGAGGCUUGCUUAACUCUCCUGUGAUAUCGGGAAAAAUCAUAACCACCGAUUUGCCCUCUGCCUUGCCUCUAUUACAGAGUAAUAUUAGUUCGAGUCAAUCUCUCUACCACCCCGGAAACGCACCCAAAGGCAUUGUGGCAUCAUUCGUCAGUGGCAUCGAUGUGAUCGUGAUGGCAGAUGUCACAUAUAACACUGUAUCGUUUCCUGCACUCGUCGGAACACUCUCCAGACUUAUCAUGUUUUCAAUGAGUGUCGCACCAGCGAAACCUCCACUGAUCAUUCUUGGUUACAAAGAGCGGGAUGUGGCAGAACGUACUCUUUGGGAAAUGGCAGAGAAAAUCGGCAUACGUUUUGAGGAGGUCGCACAAAUUCCUGGAGCGGUGGGUACACCUGUUGAGGUUUGGGUGGGGACGGUGUUAGUGAAUACAUAGUGAGAUGUUGAUUAGCUGAGAUAUGAAACACUCUUGCGAACAAGUACAGAUGACUAGAAUUAACAGAGUAAAAUGCAAUACAAGAAAUGCGGGGUAUGUAGUACUGAGAUAGUGUUGAUGAUAGAUAUCAGAUCUCUCAAAGUGGCGGAAGGGGCCUGCGACAGUGAGGACAAAUAUUCUGAAAAGAUCGAUCAAUAUGUAGUCUCAUUCGUCUAUGUAGACCGUUACCUUGAUAGCAAGCCACUAGUAAAUGGAGGAGAUGAGCAUCUAAAAUCCGACAGGGAGCAAUAAACAUACCUUCUCCAGGCACUCUGUAUGCUGCUCAACAGCAUGAGCGUGCUGCUUGCAUAUAAAUGAUAUCGAGAACUCA